UGCCAGUGUUGCACGGAACUGUGGGAGUUGGCAGACCUUCCAACGCUCUUGACGAAGAACGAGAGUUUACAGAGCAACGUGAUUACGUAACGUGCCAAGGGGGUAAUUUGCAACGUUUGCUGCUGACUGUUUGAGCAACGCCUCGUCCCUUUGGCAUCCAGUUGAUUUAGUAAGAUAUUCUUCGAAACGACGACAGCAAAGCACUUUCACAGCUGACAACAGUUUGCAUUGCAUGUUUCAAGACGGCGUCGAGCUGACACCGUAAGCAGUUUAACAUAGGUGAGAAGGUGGAGAAAGGCUAUAGGCAGACCCAUGGCCGCAGUGCAUCACCCAGGGUGCCCGCACAGGGACUCACUAUACUGGGAUGAAACAGAGUGCCUGAACUACUAUGGGAUGUUAUCUCUCCAUGAGGUCUUCGAAAUAGUUGGCUGUCAGCUGACAGAGACUGACAUUGAGGUGUUGUCAUUCCUUCUGGAUGAAACCUGUCCUGCACCACACCCUCUUGAGCCAACAGGUUGGACAGUUGAGCCCCAUGGGGGUGAUCAGGAUGACUUGGGUGUGUCCCCAAGUCCUCAGCUGCUAAAGGCCUGGAUGCGAUUAAAGCCUCGGGGCUCCCAGCAUCCCUUAGUGGCCUCAUGUAAGCCCAAGAGUGGCCUUGAACUGUUGUUGGAGCUGGAGAAGCGAGGAUAUCUCAGUGAUGGCAACCUGGAGCCACUACUGCAACUACUGAGAGUCCUCACUCGUCAUGACCUACUGCCUUUAGUGUCCCACAAGAAAAGGAGGACAGUAUCUCCAGAGAGAAUUGGACAGAGGUUUGGAAGCGAGAACAGAGAGUUGAUGUUCGCCUCUGGGAUGCAGCACAGCUACAGACAGACAGAAAUGCCUCUUCCAUCUUUCACACAGCACUUGAGAACCGGUGUUUACCCUCCGAUGCCUGGGCCAGCUGCUAGGAGGAAGAGGAAGAAGAGAGGAAAUGGCUGGACCCGCAGGCCCAAGAAAAUAAUCAGACAGGUCCCGCCGCUGCCUCCACCCCCACGACCACACAAAGUAUCCUGCGAUAUCCGACUCCGUGUCCGUGCCGAAUACCUGGAGCACGAUUCGGCACUGCGUGAGGGUGUCUCCUCGGACAAACGGCAGCCCCUGGAGCGGCAGUUUGAGUUGUUCAGCCAGGCCGACUUGCUGCUUCGUUCCAGAGACCUUGGUUCCAUUGUGUGCGACAUCAAGUUCACAGAGCUGGACAACCUGGAGGCCUUCUGGGGUGACUACCUGAGCGGAGCUCUGCUGGAGGCCUUGAAGGGAGUCUUCAUCACUGAUUCCCUGAGGAUGGCAGCAGGCACGGAGGGCGUCCGCCUGCUGAUCAGUGUGGACCAGGAUGACUACGAGCAGGGCCGAAUGCUGCUGAAAGCUAGGAGAAGGCUGUCAUCCAGUAAUGGUGGGCGCGCAGAGAGUCACUGGGCUGUAUAGGCUGAUAAGACUCUUUGGGGUGUAUUAUACUAACUUAGAUGGUUUAUUAGGGAGUGCUAUCAAAGGUAAUGGUGAUGUGAAUUUUCCAAAGGCCUUCUUUUUGUAGCCGCAUUUCAUGUAAUAACCACUAGAUGGCAGCACUUACCAUUGGUUGAUUAGGUACAUUACAGGCCAUACAUUUUCAGAAUUGUCACUUUUUCCUUGAAACUUGACCAUAAUUUGUGAAAGAUAACUUUAAUAAUGGAUCAAUGUGCUCUCCCUUGGGAUUUAUGCACAGGUGCUACUUCGUAGGACACCAGGAUGAAAAAGGAUGUAUCAAGUUUUCUCCUUAGUCUCAGUGAGAACAGGAUCAAGCAAGCCUGUGCCAAAAGACCCGGUAAGCACCUCAUAACAUUAUCAGGGUUAAAUCAAUUAUGUUACGACAACUGCUGCAUACCAAGUGAUAGAGCAUACAUCAAAUAACUAUAAAGUGUUGACACAUUGAUGCAUUCAUGCUCAUGUGAGGUCAAGGUUGAGGCGGUGUAGACAUACAUGUACACAGAUUCAAAUUGAUCGUUGUAAUCGUUUGUUGAUGGUUUUGUCCUCAUUUAUGCUCAAUGUGGGCAUAAAGAUUCCAAGAUGGCUCUGGAAAUGAUCACUAUACAAACUGACCAUUAUACACAACAAAUCAUGCUUUACCGUUGAAACGGUCACUUGGAUAUCAUUGACAUGUUAUACUUGAAGAAAAACGUUUAUGUUAACUGGCACUUUUCUUUAUCAAAACUAAUUUAAAAGACAAAGAAACACUCCAAGAAAAGUUUCUGAUCUUUAAAAAUGUGCAAGAGAAUUGAACACAAUUGGAAAAAGUUGGCUUUUCUCAGGAAAGAUUGACCCCUGAGUCCAACUUUGGAGAGCCUAGCCUACGCAUAAUACACCUAGAUAACAAACACUGGGAUCCUCAGCCCUGUGUGCCACGAUAACCCGACUUGUGAUUGCGGUGGUCAGUGGAUACGGCAGUUGCCAGUAGAUGACAGCAGUGAUUAGGGCUAGGCCUCAGCAGACCAUGGAAGAUUCAUCAUCCCAAGCUUGUCAACAGCAACCCAGGAUAAUGCAAUGGCAGCUUGUGUCCGGGCUUCCAGCUAGGCCUCAGCUAGUGCUUCUCUCAGCAAGUAAAGCACAGGACAGUGCGUCGGUCAAUAGAAGUGAUGUUGGGGAGAUCAAAAUCAAAAGUGCACAUCCCAGCUCCACUCAGCCCUGCUAUGUAGGCCCAGUAGAGUGGCUCACGGACAGCUGUCUACUCACCCUGCUGGAACUAAUGCCUGGACUUCACUCAUAGAAGACGAUCAAUAAGGCCCCUCCUCUAAGUCCCUUCAUACAGGCACGACUUAAGCAGGCAGACUUGCUACUGUCUGAAGUGCAGGACGCUGCGGGGCCAGGCAGAGGGAGGGACAAUGGACAUAUUUCCAUCUUUACUUUAUUGUGUUUUUGAUACUGACUUUGUUUAAAUAUAAUUAUAUUGUUAAUAUGAGGAAAAAAAAACUAAUUCAGGGGAAAAUUUUGCUAAAGAAAAAUUUCUUUUGGUAUGCCAAUUCUUUUUUGUGGAAUUCUUUAUAUAUUGUAUAUUAUUUCGGGUGAAUAAUAAAGGUGUGAUGGCCUUAAAA